ACCAUCGUCUCCCGGGACGCAAUCCAUGGCCGGUUCCUGUUCGCCGAGAUCCAGACUUGCAGUUCUUGAGGCUGUCGGGACGAGUGAGUUGCAAGCGUUGCUUCUCGUUGGCUGCACAGGGAGUUCCAGGCAUCCGCGUGACAGUCUCGUGCGGCUCCGCCUCGGCCGAGAGCGUGACCAGCUUCUUUGGAAAUUUCUGGAUCGACGUUACUUUCAACCGGAGGAGAUCCAAGAAAUGCAAGCUUGGAGUAGACAGCGACUCCCUGCCAGAGUCCUGCCGCCCGGAGUCCGCCGUGGAGGAGAUCGACGUCUCGGGGCUCCGUCAAGGCUUCGAUUUCUAUCGCUGCAGCAGCUUUAACUUCGAGUCCCACUGCAACCAUGGUCAUCCACACUUGCCAAAACCACAACCUCCUCGCUUUGUUCCACCACCAUCUUCAUCGUUAUCACCGCCGCCACCCGUCCCAUCACCACCACCACCACCAUCUCCCCCACCACCAU